AUGAAAAUGUCGAUAAAUAUUUACAAAAUCACUUUAUUUUCAAACAAACAAAAUUAUUCUUGGUUAACAGUUAAAAUGAAUUCGACUAUGGUAUGGAAGAAAGUUAUUGGUGUAAGAGCCCAAAAAUUUCAAUCUUACAAGCAAUUAAUUGUUGAAAAUUUGAAUUUAAAUCAUAACCAAGCAUCAUCUGUAUUGAGUAAGAAUACUCAUAUUUUAGAUAUACCUAAAGAAAGAAUAAUAAGAAAUUGUGCAAUAUGUCAGCAUCAUGGAGUACAUUUUGAUAACGUAGACGAUUCUAGUUGCCAAUUUUUAGAAAUGACUAAAGAACAAUUGGAAAAUACAAUUGCAAUAUUGAAAGAAAUGGGUGCUCAAUAUAUCAACACUUGUAUACUGAACAGAAAAUCUGGUAGUUUAUAG